UAUGUCUUUUAGUAUUUUUAAGGUUACUGACUAAUACAUUAUAUCUGCUUUUCAUACGUGAAGGUAUUAUUUGUACCUGUAAAAGCGGCUUGAAUAAUAUGUUUGCAGUUCCUCGCUGCUCUGUAGAGGGCGCUGUUUCUCCCUAAAACAUGUCCAGAGAACAUCCUUCUCAAUAAAAAGAUAGGAACUCUGCGAUAAAAAUAGAAAAAGAGUACAGAUUUGACAGCUAAUGAAUAAGGAUGUGUGGAAUAAAUUGGAAAAUGCCUGAAAAAAUAGGUAUGUUUAAAGAGGUAAAAUAAGAUGUGAGAUCUGUGAUGUUGUUCUCCUGAGGCGGUCCUUCGUGUAUUCUGUUUAGGGUCAUUAGAGAGAUUAUACGUCCCUUCUCUUAUGGUCCAUUUGCGCCUUCAUCACGUUGUCAGCACUCGUCCUUCUGUCCUGAUCCCUCUGUCUCGUCUUCUAUCCCCUAACUGUCUAAACAGAGACUAGAACACUCACAACAACAUGUCAACGAUUAGCAAAGGUGCCAACCCUCUUGUUUUCUGCUCAGAUUGUGACAUAGAAGUAUUUAGAUAUGCGCGUGAUAGCAACAUCCGUUCCUCAUUUCAUUUCGCUUAGAAGAAUAGCCUAUUAUGAUUAGGGAGACGGGAUGGUUGUAACACGGGUCAGAUGUAACACUUUCAAUUUCUCAAAUUAAGGAACUAGUUACAAAUCAGCUAAUUCACUUCACACAUUCUCAAUGUAGUCUUUAUUCCACAUGUGAGGAGGUAGAGCCCUGUGGCAGACAGCAGAUUUUAGAGGAGAAAAACUAAUUUUGAGAUCAUUCAGAAGAACCGAAGGCUGGGCCUGAGCGGUGUUUCCUUGUUUUCCCACCUGAGCUUGUUAAAACGUACAGGCUAAGGACCAGUCACACUCUCCUUGCUCCCUCCAUCCCAGCCCGCUUUGUUCCAAACCCGACCUGUCUUCUCCAGACUCUCUAUCCCCUCAUGGGCACAAUAUCAGACAGUGCAAGAGGACCACCGUCUCAACCCUAACAGCAGUCCUCACCAUGGAGAUGAAACAACCAAUGAUGAUGAACCGAGAGAAUGGGGGAGAGCAGGAGAAAGAACAGGAGUCACAAGAAAAUGGAAGGCUGGUUGCGGACAGCGUUGAGGAGAAGGGUCAGAAAUCCUGCUCCGGGCCUGGGCAGGUCUCCAACGGUUAUCCCAGCACAUCCCCACAAAGCCCCAGGGAAGGUGCAGGUGCUGGGACGGACAGGGGCAGCACCCCUGGGGCAUUCAGGACUCUGGUGGUCCAGCAGACCAGCUUGGAUCCACCUAGGGAGACCUGGAGCAAAAAGAUGGACUUCUUGCUGUCGGUGAUCGGGUAUGCAGUGGACCUGGGCAAUGUGUGGCGCUUUCCCUACAUCUGCUACCAAAACGGAGGGGGUGCCUUCCUUCUGCCGUACCUGCUGAUGGCUGUGUUUGGUGGCGUGCCGCUGUUCUACAUGGAACUGGCUUUGGGCCAGUUUCACCGCAGCGGGUGUAUCUCCAUCUGGAAACACAUCUGCCCCAUCUUCAAGGGUAUAGGCUUUGCCAUCUGCAUCAUUGCACUCUACAUUGCCUUCUACUACAAUACCAUAAUGGCCUGGGCACUCUACUACCUCCUGUCCUCCUUUCGUGCCACGCUGCCCUGGACCACCUGCAACAACAAGUGGAACACUCCCAACUGCACCCACUACCUGUCCACCGACUUGAAUGUCUCCUGGACUGACAACUCCAUCUCUCCCGCUGAAGAGUUCUAUAUACGGCAGGUCUUGCAGGUUCAUCUGUCCCCUGGUCUUCAUCAGCUGGGCUGGGUGAGUUGGCAGCUAGCCCUCUGUCUGUUGUUCAUCUUCACUGUUGUCUACUUCAGCAUCUGGAAGGGGGUCAAGACCUCCGGCAAGGUAGUGUGGGUGACGGCUACUUUUCCGUACCUGGUGUUGCUGAUCCUGUUGAUAAGAGGGGCCACCCUGCCGGGAGCAUGGAGAGGAGUGGUCUUCUACCUGAAACCUGAUUGGAGAAAACUUUUAACCACUUCAGUUUGGCUUGAUGCAGCUGCGCAGAUCUUCUUCUCUUUGGGUCCAGGCUUUGGUGUUCUCCUGGCCUUUGCCAGCUACAAUCCCUUUCAUAACAACUGCUACAAAGAUGCAUUGGUCACAAGCUCAGUGAACUGUUUGACUAGUUUCCUGUCAGGCUUUGUGAUCUUCACCGUGUUGGGCUACAUGGCAGAGAUGCGCCAACAAGGUGUGGAGACUGUAGCUAAAGAUGCUGGUCCCAGUCUGCUCUUCAUCAUCUAUGCUGAGGCUAUUGCCAAUAUGCCGGCUGCUACGUUCUUCGCCAUCAUAUUCUUUCUCAUGAUAAUUAUGCUGGGGUUGGAUAGCACGUUUGCAGGUCUGGAAGGGGUAAUUACAGCCAUGUUGGAUGAGUUCCCCCACCUGUUGGCCAGGAGGAGAGAAUGGUUUGUGCUCGGCCUAGUGUGCGUCUGUUAUUUGGGCGCCCUCUCCACUCUUACCUACGGAGGUGCGUUUGUUGUUAAACUAUUUGAGGAGUAUGCCACAGGCCCUGCUGUUAUCACCGUAGUCUUCCUUGAGGUCAUUGCUGUUUCCUGGUUCUAUGGGACAACACGUUUCUGCAACGACGUGCAGCUGAUGCUUGGCUUUGCUCCUGGUGUGUUUUGGAGGGUCUGCUGGGUAGCCAUCUGUCCCUGCUUCCUAUUGUUCAUUAUUGGGAGUUUCCUGGCAUUCCCUCCCGAUGUGAGGCUGUUUGACUACCUGUACCCUUUCUGGACCACAGUUCUCGGCUACUGUAUUGGAGUCUCCUCAUUCAUCUGUGUGCCUUCUUACAUGGUCUACCAUCUAGUCACCACCAAAGGGACCUUCAAACAGCGUCUGCUAAAGAGCGUUACCCCUGAGGCUUCAGGGUCCAGCGGCCCUCAGAGAGACACAAUUGUCAUCACCAACGCCGUGUGACACAUUUCCUCUUCUGCUGGACAUGUAGCACAAACGCAGGGGACCCGUGCCUCCUGUAUGGGCCUCGGCUGACCUCCCUUCACACUUCACCCCAGAGGAGUCUGCUACAGGUGUAUUGUGUGACGGUGAGGCCAGGCCUCUGAAUACAGCCAUUGUUUUAUUUUUAUUCUAGCCGUCCAUGUGUGACCACUGUCAAUGCUCAUAUGAGUGACUGACACCCAUGGCAAGUUCUUGAGUUUGUGUUUUGUCCUUCCGUUGUUAAUUUUAGAUCUCUAUAACCAAUUUAUAUAAAUAUAUGGCUCAUGAUUCUGUGUAUACUAAUGUAAGUAUGUGGGUCGGUAAGAUUUUUUUUUUUGUUGAAAGAAAUUACUACUUUUAG